AUGGCCGCGGCCGAGGUUUCGAGGUUCACCGCAAGCUUCAGCGGAAGCGAUCCCGCCACCUUCGAGACCAGACACUCGACGACUGGAUGGGAUAAGAGAUGGCUGCGGGCUCAAUUGAGCCUCAUUUCAUGCGCCUGGGUUUUGAAGAGAAGGCAUUCCGAGGGCCGCUCAACCACCAUCUCGGUGCGAUGGCGAAAUGGUGAGCCUCUGUACGCUCCAGAUUGCUCGCCAGCAUGGUCACGGCGACUACCCGUCGGGAACGAGACUACCCACGACCACAUAUCAGAUCCAGCCGAGACCGAUUCCGCGGCACGUCAGCGAACGCCCGGGACAUCUGAGCAUCUGCUGUUGCCGUUGUCAGACGCCAGCAAGCGCGACAGCUCCGGCUCCAGCAACGGCCUGUUUCGGGACCCUGCGCUGGAUGUUGUGGUCGAUUGGAACUCACAGCAUGGCAUCUACGAGGCUAAGAAGAAGAAGAAGGCGGCUGCGACUUCCAACAAAUUCUUUGACGAAGAUCCUGAGGAGAAGAAGGAUGAGAAUGCCGAAGGAAAUGGUGGCGGUGACCAGGGUGGUGGUGAUGCCGGCGGCGGCGGCGACGCUGGCGACAGCGGAAAUGCCGGAGCAGGUGACGGCAGUGGUGAUGGAAAUGGCGACGACGACAAGGACAAGGGCAACGGCGAUGCCGGUGACGCUAACCCUGAUGACGAAUGGGCAAACUUUACAACAGCCAAGUCCAAGAAGAAGAAGGGGAAGAAGGGCGCAGCUGACCCUGUUGCGGAUACCGCACCUAGCUUGCCAACUGCAGACUUUGGGGGAGAUACGUUCCAUGAGAUCAAGCUCGGUGACGACUCGGGCAAGAUUGACUUAAGUUUCGGCUCGUCAGACAACAAAAACUCGUUCGGCAACUGGGGCACGAAGUGGAACACAGGUGGCACAGACUGGCUGGGUGGGGAAGGGGAGACAGGCACAGCCGAGAAGAAGGACGAUCUCGACUCGAACCCCUGGAGCUUCAGCACCGCAAAGUCUAAGAAGAAGGGCAAGACUACGUUCACGUUCGAUGCCCUGGAGCCGGAGGAGAACGCCGAGCCGGCCGCCAGCACUGAGGCCAAGGACGAUGACUUCGGCUUCACGGUAGCCUCCAAGAAGGAUAAAAAGAAGAAGACGAGUGCCUGGGGCAUGGAGUCAACAGAAGAGACGAAAGAACCUGCCACCGAAACCCAGGAUGCGUCCGAUCCCUGGGGUUGGAGCUCGACGUCAAAGAAGAAGGGCAAGAAGAAUGAGCCUGAGCCGGAACCGGAGCCGGAACCAGCCCCUGAGCCAGCCGCCUCAGCGCCACCACCGGAGGAUGACUGGUUUGCCCCCGUCACUAAGGGCAAGAAAAAGAAGAAGGGGGCUCUUGCGGUAGUCGAGGAUCCGCCUCCAGUUGAGGAACCAAAGCCCGAUCCCGUCCCAGAGAAAAAGGAAGAAGCCGACGACCUCUGGGACACGUGGGGCACCUCGAAAAAGGACAAGAAGAAGAAGAAGGGUGCUGUCCUGGAGGAGCCGCCAGCUGAAGAACCUACCCCCGCCCCUGUCGAACCUGCCGCGGACGAUUUCUGGGGGACAACAGUCACGAAGAAGGGCAAGAAGAAUAAGAACAAGGUAGCAGAACCAGAGCCUGAGCCUGUUCCGGAGCCCGUCCCUGAACCACCAAAGGAGGAAGCCGAGCCCCAGAAGAAAGAGGAUGACAUUUGGGGGUUCUCUACCAAAUCGUCCAAAAAAGACAAGAAGAAGAAGAAGGACCCAUUCUCCUGGGACGACCCUGAACCCGCUCCUGAGCCAGAAGCCGCCGCGCCCGAGCCCGAGCCCGAGCCCGAAAAGAAGGACGACGAUGAUUUCUGGGGCAGCUUUGGCACAACCAAGAAGAGCAAGAAGAAGAAGGCCAAAGAUCCAGAGCCCGAGCCCGAGCCCGUCGAGCAGGCGCCGCCGCCUCCCCCAGAGGAGCCUGAAAAGGAACCUGAAAAGAAAGAAGACGACGACUUCUGGAGCAGCUUCGGGACGUCCAAGAAGGACAAGAAAAAAAAGAAGAAGGGCCUCGUUGAGGAGGUGCCAUCACCGCCAGAGCCUGAACCUGAGCCUGAGCCUCCCGCCCCUGAACCCGAGCCUGAGCCCGAGAAGAAGGACGACGAUGACUUCUGGGGCAGCUUCAGCACCAAGAAAGACAAGAAGAAGAAGAAGAAGGGUGUUGAAGAGGUCAAGGCGGAAGAGCCUCCUGCUCCUGAGCCUGCACCAGAGCCCGAGAAACCUGCAGACGACGCGUGGGAUAUCUGGGGCGGCAGCAAGAAAGACAAGGACAAGAAAAAGAAGAAGGACUCAAUUUUUGCAGACUUGGGUGAACCAACCAAGGAGGAGGAACCCAAGCCUGUAGAAGAGAAGAAGGACGAUGACGACAUUUGGGGCUUGGCCACAUCCAAGAAGGACAAGAAGAAGAAGAAGGGCGGCAUUCUGGACGAUCCACCAAAGGAAGAGGCCAAGCCUGUAGAAGAAAAGAAGAAGGACGAUGACCUUUGGGACUUUGCUUCUUCCAAGAAGGACAAGAAGAAGAAGAAAGGUGACCUUAUCCAGCUUGAUGAGCAAGAGGACAAGAAACCUGCAGAGGACCCUCCGAAGGAACCCAUCGAGGCCACCGGCGACGACGACUUCUUCAGCAGCUGGGGAACCGGUAAAAAGGACAAGAAGAAGAAAGCCGUCGAUGAUUCCUGGAAACCGGACAGCAUCGAGGAGCCCGCCGACGACUUCUGGGGUACAGUCACCAAGAAGAAGAAAGACAAGUCCAAAAACGAGCCAGUGGAAGUUUUGGAUGACAUUACCGGUGAGACAGUCCAGCCCGAUGCAGUAGAGGAGACCAAGGACAGCAAAGGCGAUAACGACGACUGGGCCGAGGCUUCAUCGGCGAAGAAGAAGUCCAAAUCCCGGAAAGAUGCCUUGGCUGAUCUACCUCCCCCCGCCCCAACACCCCCCGCUAUGGAUUUUGCUGAGCCUGAAAACCAAACAGGAGACCCCGACAGCGCCCCGUGGGACGUGCCUUCUACGUCAAAAUCCAAGUCCAAGGAUAAGGAGGCCGACAAGGACAAGGACAAGGAAAAGUCCAAGAAGGAAAAGGAGCCCAAGCUGAGUGAGAAGGAACUCAAGAAGCUCGAGAAGGAGAAGAAGAAGGCCGAAAAGGCCGAGAAGGCCGAGAAGGAGAGGCUCGAGCAGGAGGCCAAGGAGGCCGAAGAGCGCGAGGCCGAAGAGCAGGCCGCACGCGAGGCUGAGGAGAAGGCGCGUCUCGAAGAGGAGGAGAAGGCUCGCAUUGAAGAGGAAGAAAAGGCCCGUGUCGAGGCGGAAGCUGCUGCAGUCAUCCAGGAAGAGGAAGAACUGGCGGCGCUCACGGAGAAGAAGUUCAAGAAGGGCAAGCUGACCAAGAAGGACACGGAAAAAUUCAACAGGCUUACCGAGAAUGCGGCCAAGAGGGCCGAGGAGAAGGCUGCUGCCGAGGCGGAGCAGGCUGCUAAGGAAGCAGAGGAGCAAGCAGCUCGCGAGGCAGAGGAGCACGCGGCACGAGAAGCAGAGGAAGCUGAGGCGGCCAAGAAGUCCAAGAAGAGCUCCAAGUCCAAGGACAAGGACAAGAAGAAGGACAAGAAGUCCAAGGAGCCCGAACCCGAGCCGGUCCCGGAGCCAGAGCCGGAGCCGGAGCUCAAACCCGAGGAGGUCGAGGAGCUCCUCUCCAACAAGGACAAGUCCACCAACGACGCCUUCAGCUUCUGGGGCAUCAGCGGCAGCUCCAAAAAGGCAAAGAAAGUUCUGGAAGAUGCGACGGACGCCAAGGACACGACACCCUUUGGCAAGGCGACUGAUGGCUUUUCGAUGAAAGCGACGACGCGAAAGCCUGUUGGGGGCAAAAUCGCCGACAAGCUCAAGUCGUUUGAGGCUGCGCCCGAGCCGCCGCCUGCGGACCCCGUGCCGCCGCCUCCACCCCCGCCUCCAGCCGCGCCGUUAAAAGAGGACAAGAAGAGCUCCAAGUCCAAGAAGAAGUCCAAGGACGCCGACGACGCCGAGCAGGACAGCGCUUCGUCCAAGAAGAGCCACAAGUCGUCCGAGCUGCCGGGAAGCUUCCCUGCCGACGAGGAAGAGGACGAGUCCCACGCCGUCGUUGUCGACAUGGCCGCAAAGGACAAGAAGAAGAGCAAGAAGAGCAAGUCCAAAUCGGCUGCGGACGACGCGCCGCCGCCGCCGCCGCCGCCGCCACCCGUCCCCGAUGCGCCGCUGACCCCGCCUCCGGAGCCCAAGCCGUCCAAGAAGGAGCGGCCCAAGAUAAAGGAUGACGCCGCCUCGUGGGCGCGGUGGAACGCGGCGCCUCGCAAGGAGGAGCCCAAGUCCUCGUCCAGGCCGAAGACCGAAAGGACGACGUCGAAGCGGUCAGCGGAUAAGUCCUCUUCGAAGGACUCGGGCUCCGACAAGGCGGAGCGUGCAGACAAGGCUGAGAAAACGCCGGGCAAGGUCCGAAUGUCUAGCAUGUUCACAAGCACGCCGCCCAUCUCCCGCUCCAUGUCGACGCGGGAUAAACGGGCGAGCAUAAGCGGAAAGUCGUCGUCGCGUCGCCACUCUGUCGACAUGCACGGCCUGGCAUCACCGCCACCCGAAGAGCUGCCUGAGAUGUCGUCCAAGGCAGCCAAGAUUCUGGGAGUCGACAAGUCCAGCAGCAAGAAGAAAGCUCGCAGGGUAGUCUCUCCAGAUGAGGAUGAUAUCGUCAUGGUCGGCGCGCUGGACCCAGAAACCCCGGCUCCCAAGCGAGACAAGCGGCGUUCAAGGAGGCCCCAGGACGACGACCUCGUCAUGGUGGACGCAGGUGGGCCCUCCGAGACACCCCUGAAGCGGGGACUGUCGGCCUCCAAGAAGUCCGGAUUUGCGGGUCUCUUCAGCGGACUCAUGACACCCAAGUCGGCCCGGGACGCCAACCCCGACAACGAUGCGGUGGCCGUCGACACUGACCGGGACAUCCGCUCGUCGGAUCGCAAGGCCAAGAGAAGCGAUCGUGAUCCGGUCGACCGGGACGAAGCACGGCGUGAACGGCGGCGGAAACGCGAGGACGAAGACGAGGCGCGCAGGCUAGAGGCCAAAGAAGCCCGCCGAGCCGAGAAGCGUGCCGCCCGUCAACGAGAGGACGAGGAGCGCCGCAUCGAUGAGGAGAAAGAGGCCCGACGCGCGGAGCGCCGUCGUCUUCGCAAGGAGAAAGAAGCCGCAGCGGUGGCUGCCGAAAGAGACGAAGCGGAGCGGAGAGCUGCCAAGCAAGAGCGGCGGCGGUCUCAGAUGGUGGAGGGGUCUGAGGACGAGGCGGAACGUCGUCGCAGACGAGAGGCGCGUCGGGCCGCCAAGGCCGAGGAGGGCGGUGAUGUUCAUAGACGACGCAGCAGUCGCAACCCGUACAUGUCGGCUGACGACACGGCGGAGCCUCGCAAGAGGAGCAAGCGCGACAAAAUGGAGGCGUCGGCCUGGCCCCAUUCAGGGACGUCUUCGUGGGUGAAGGAGCACUCGGAUGCGCCGCCACCACCCAAUGACGACGAGCAGGCACGGCGGGAAGCUCGUCGGGCCAAGCGGCGAGCCAAGACGGGCGAUGCGGCAGCGGACGAGAUGGAGGAGCAGCGGAGGCGCCGCAGGCGGGAGGAGCGCGAGCGAGAGAGGCGUGUGGGUGGUGGGUCGGAAGGGAGCGACGAGCGACACCACAGUCGCCGAGGAUCUGCCUUUAUGGACGCGACACCACGAAGCAGCUGGUGGAAGAAGAUUACGGGAUAA